CCGCCGCUCACUCGCGCGCUCGCGUCCAGCCACCCGGCCAUGGAGCGGCCACCGCGCGCCCUGCUGCUCGGCGCCGCCGGACUGCUGCUCCUGCUCCUGCCCCUCUCCUCUUCCUCCUCUUCGGAUGCCUGCGGCCCGUGCGUGCCGGCCUCCUGCCCCGCGCUGCCCCUGGGCUGCCCGCUGGGCGAGACCCGCGAUGCGUGCGGCUGCUGCCCGGUGUGCGCUCGCGGCGAGGGCGAGCCGUGCGGGGGCGGCGCGGCCGGCAGGGGGCACUGCGCGCCGGGCAUGGAGUGCGUGAAGAGCCGCAAGAGGCGGAAGGGUAAAGCCGGGGCAGCAGCCGGCGGCCCGGCGACCCUCGCCGUGUGCGUGUGCAAGAGCCGCUACCCGGUGUGCGGCAGCGACGGCACCACCUACCCCAGCGGCUGCCAGCUGCGCGCCGCCAGCCUGCGCGCCGAGAGCCGCGGGGAGAAGGCCAUCACCCAGGUCAGCAAGGGCACCUGCGAGCAAGGUCCUUCCAUUGUGACGCCCCCCAAGGACAUCUGGAAUGUCACUGGUGCCAAGGUGUACCUGAGCUGUGAAGUCAUCGGCAUCCCGACCCCCGUCCUCAUCUGGAACAAGGUAAAAAGAGACCACUCUGGAGUUCAAAGGACUGAACUCUUGCCUGGUGACCGGGAAAACCUGGCUAUUCAGACCCGGGGUGGUCCAGAAAAGCAUGAAGUGACUGGCUGGGUGCUGGUGUCUCCUCUGAGUAAGGAAGAUGCUGGAGAAUAUGAGUGCCACGCAUCCAACUCCCAAGGACAGGCUUCAGCAUCAGCCAAAAUUACAGUGGUUGAUGCCUUACAUGAAAUACCAGUGAAAAAAGGUCAAGGUGCUCAGCUAUAAACCUGCAGAAUACAUUAGCCUGUGUAGCUCAAAGUGCUUACUGCAGCUCUAACCCUCUUCUUGCCUGACAAGUUUCUUCUAACCUAAUCCACUAACACUCUAUUAUUACAUCCAGCUGACUUUUCAUGGAGAACUCAAAGAUAACACAUCAAGACUAUCUACAAAAAUGUAUUGUUUAUUUACAAAAAAGCAUGCAUAGCUUUAAACAAAACAAAUAAAAUUCUUAUCACAACAGUA